CUGAAUGUACCCUUAGGAUCAGAAAAUGAAAGUAGUUUGUUUACAAUUUGUUUUUCCUCAUCCGUUUUCGGGAUUCCUAUUAACAGUCGGCCGGCAUUAGCGAUAGCCAUAGUUGCGAACAUAUCCGCGCUUUCAAUUCGAGACGACGGCUCCCUGGAGCAACGUCGCGCCGCUUCAUAGAGCCUCAGAACGCUCUUCAAAUUCUCGAGAGAUUUUUCAUCACUUGCAUCUGAUCGAGUAGAAGAUGGAGUAGGGCUAAGCAUUGGAACGCUGAAUCUCUCAAAUUGUGUACGAGAAUCGUUCUUCAUAUCCUCAGCUGCAGCAUUAACAGCAGUUCUCUUCGACGACUCAUUCAUUCCAGUUUCAUUGAGAUGCGACUGCGGCACCUGAGUCUUCGAGCCCACUUUUGUAAUCGUACUCUGCACCAACAAUGGAGGUGGUAGUUCCGCUCUAUCAGGGCUGAAUCGUUCACGAUCUUCUGAAUUGUGCUUGUUCUUUGUAGCACUUGUAAUAGAUCCUAUGUCAGAAUUAACUUCUAUGACCUUUUUCUGCUGUACAUCAUUAUCAUUAGAUUUCGCGACUUUGCCCGAACCAUCCGAUUUUGUGGUUGCAGCUUGACCCGAAAAUACCGUUUUCCUUUCUGUCUCCGGCUUGCAACAUUGUACGGCUUCACAUUCCUCUGCAUUUCUAAUCGAGAAGUAA